AUGAGAUUUCUCUUCUUGUCUUUUGCCGUGCUUCAAGCAGUGACGGCCCAUGACUUCAACAGAUUGGUUAAACAGCCGGAACAGCUGGUGGAUACAGAGGAAGCCCUGGACGAGGUACUCCUUACAAUGGUCCCGGACGAGAUCACGGAUUUCCCUGACACCAUGAAUCCAUCCAACGGAACACUCUUUCCCACCAACAUUACCACUGAAUUGCCAACAGACAUGCCUUCGGAAUCCGGUGUUCCUUCCAGUAUGCCAUCCACAUCCAUGAGUCCAACGGACACAAAGCCGUCAGCAUCACCUUCGUCGACUCCAUCGAGUUCGCCUUCGUCGUCGCCUUCAAGGUCCCCCACCAAUGCACCUUCAAGAUCGCCUUCAAGGGCGCCUUCGAGGCCCCCAUCAUCUAGUCCCUCAUCGUCACCAUCAUCCAGUCCGAGUGUUUCAGAUUCUCAGCCAUCAAGUAGUCCCACAGGGAGCCCUACGCCGGGAAGUGAGGAGUGUUGCUUAUGCCCGAAUUGUGAGUUGCCUGGUUCUCCCCUCAACAUCGUGAAAGAACCAACUGGAGCAAUCACUACAUGCCAAGGAGUAGAUGAACUUCUUCGCCUCAACCUUCCUGGUGCCUGUACCUGGGAUGGGACCAUUAAUGGAAUUGCUAUUGAUGGCUACUGUGAUUGCCCUGGAGCCACGGACCCUGAAAUCUGCCCAGGGGUUUGUCCAGGAGGCGCGCCACCUCCCAAUCCCAAUCUGAAUGUUGGCGGUUUGACUUGUUCGGAAUGGGAUUUUUGGGCCAUGCAUGCACUAACCCCACAAGCAUGUGAAAAUGUGGAAGGAAGUGCAGGUUGUUGUGGUUUAACACCCCCUCCGACAGGCACCCCUUCGGCGGCACCCACUGGAUUUCCCACAACGAUUGCCCCAACUGCUUCUCCGUCAGCCGCCCCAGUGGAAACGGAUGCACCUACAGCCGCCCCAGUGGAAACGGAUGCACCUACAGCCGCCCCAGUGGAGACUGAUCCACCUACAGCCGCCCCAGUGGAGACUGAUCCACCUACAGCCGCCCCCGUUGAGACUCGCACACCAACUGCAACACCAACCUUGAUUCUUCCACCUUCUGGAGUUGACACCAAUUUUGGCGGUCGCAGACGGAUACUGCGCAAUGAUCUCAAGAUGGAGCACACGGACUGCGAGCUAUGCCCUGGGGGCAGCAGAGUUGGUGCUCCUUCCAAGCUUGUGAAGGGUCCGUUGGGACAGGACUUGUCUUGUUUCGAGCUUUCCAUUUUCUAUGAAUUGUACGAUAGUGGUGAAGAUUGCGUUACAUUGGACGAAGAUCUGGUGAAAGCCAACAACUUCAAACCUGCUGUUCACUGUGAGUGCCCUGGCCUGAUUGAGUGA